AUGAUCAAGAUUCUUCCCUCUGUCACAACAGAUGUUGGGGGGCUGACAGCAAGAAAUAACUGGCAAACUCCUAAGAAACUAGGGUCUCUAAAUAAGCAAGGACAAAGAGGAAGUAAUAGUAAGAAUGUUCACAAAGUUGGGGUCCAAGGGAAGAAGCUGACAAAUGGAUUUGGGGUGCUUCAGGAUCAGGCAGAGGGAAGUGUAGGAGACAGGGUUGUUAGCAUUGGUGCAGCACUUUUCUUAUUUAAACAGUUGACUGGGAUCAAUGCUGUUGUAUACUAUUCAACUUUUGUAUUCCGUAGUGCGGGGAUUGCCUCUGAUGUUGCAGCAAGUGCUCUUGUUGGAGCCGCAAAUGUCUUUGGCACAGCUGUUGCAUCAUCCUUGAUGGAUAGACAAGGAAGAAAGAGUCUUCUAAUCACAAGCUUUGGUGGAAUGGCUGCCUCUAUGAUGCUGCUUUCUCUGUCCUUUACUUGGAAGGUUCUGGCACCAUAUUCUGGCCCCCUUGCUAUUCUUGGGACUGUUCUCUAUGUCUUGUCGUUUUCACUUGGUGCUGGUCCUGUGCCUGCUCUUCUUCUACCAGAGAUAUUUGCUUCAAGAAUCAGAGCAAAAGCAGUUGCUUUGUCAUUAGGAAUGCAUUGGUUUCGUGCUGAAACAAUGGCAUUGUGUAUUAGCAGCACUGCCUUUCUUCCUACAAGUCAAAUGAAGUGA